AAUUAUGGAAUUUCGAUUGUAUUUUAUAUUUUUUGCUUCAAUAACGGCAGAACAACCUAAGCUAAAUGUGCCAAGAGUUUUACUGCCAUUUAAUAGUGGAAUAGUUAUUAAUUUUACCCUUUAUGCCAAUGAAGGCUGUUAUAAAUGGUGGUCAACUGCUCCUGAUAUUGUGGAUGUUAUCAAUACUAACACAGAAUGUUCAAAAGAAGUAGUAAUAAGUGCUCUUCAUAAAAAUAUGAAAAGAUCCUUAGCUAAUAUAUUUGCUCAAGAUAUAUAUAAUGAAUAUUUGCUCAAAUGUGAUGUAAUUAUAGACCAGAUCACUUCACUUGGCAUAGUCACUACCACUAGAAUAUUAUACUUAGAAGAUGCACCAGAAAUUUUUGAAGUUAAAGCUCAAAAUAACAAAAAUGAUACAUUUACUACUUUAGAUGGAAUAAAAUUUAUAUGGUCUAUUACAUCAACUGAUAUUAUUGGAAUUUCCCAAUUUCAAAAUUCUUCAUAUAAAACACCUAAUUCCAUUACAUUUUUAGAAAAAGAUGGAUUUCAUGGUUAUAUGAUUUUAAUUGAAGCACAUAAAACUGGUUCAGCAACAAUUAAUGUAAAUCUCUUAGAUGGUUCUAGACUGCAUGCCCCUAAAAAUGGGGUAAAUAGAAAAAAAACUUACCACCAUGGUGCAAAUAGAAUUUAUGGGGAAAUAGAUAUGGAAACUACCGAUGAAUACAUAUUAAAAUUUUUAGAGGGUCAACUGAUUUGCUCUCUAGAUGAAAAUUCUGUGAAGAUAUUUGGAAAUAAAUUAGGAACUUGUAUUAUAAAUUUGGAAGACCAUACAGUUGAUCUUAAAGAAAGCCAUCUACCAUCAAUAAUCGUUCAUGUGGUAAAAACUGAAUCAUUGACCUUGUCAAUAUAUCCAGGAGAUAUUUGGGUGCUAGAAGUUGGCCGAACUUACAGAAUUGCUACGAAUUUACAUGAUGAAAAUGGAAAUAAAAUAUAUCCUUCAGAAAAUAUUCGGAUCUCGUUGAUUGAAAGUGGCAAUAAUAUUUUAACUGUAUCCAAUAAAACUACCAAUGGUGCAAUUCAUUAUAUCAAACCGAACGUCAAAGGAACUACUUUUAUAAUUUCCGAAUUUUAUACCAUAGCGGAAUGUAACUGGAAGGCCAUAUCAAUUACCCCAGUCAGUGUACAACAAGUGAUUGAAGUUUUUGAUCCUAUAAAAAUAUUACCUAAGAGGGCAGUUAUACCCUAUGACCCCAUUGGUAAUGGAGUUUAUCAGAUAUAUUUUAAGGCAUUUGGCGGCAGUGGAAAUUAUAAUUGGAGGAGUACGAACACUAGUUUAGCAAUGGUAAAUCAAAAUGGGAUGGCAACCGUCCAAUCAUGUUUAGGUGAAAGUACUAUAGUUACUUCUGAUCAAAAAAAUCCUAUCAAUUUAGCUACCGGAAUGAACAGUGACCCUAUGCUUUGGAGGACAAUCCUCGUAUUGUUGCCUCACAAAGUAAAUUUCUUAGAAUCACGAAUAGAAACGUUUGUAAAUGAGAGUCUCAUUUUGUACCUUAAAAUAACGGGCCUUAUGAUUAAUGAAAGCGAAGAAAUUCCUUAUACUGAUUGCCGAAACUUUGCCAUGAAUAUUUUUAUAGCAGACCCCAAUAUUUUUCAAAUAGUGGAAGGAUACAUAGACUUGGAAAAUGAUAGUUCUCACUUGAAUGACUCUUGUAGAAGCAUUAAAGUCAGAGCCAUAUCAAAUGGAUAUACAAAACUAUCUGUUUCCUAUAAAUACUUGCCUUUAAAUAUAUAUUUGCAAAGUUCGAUAACUAUAGCCGCUUAUAAACCAUUAAAUAUAGUAGCCAGCAAUGAAAAAACUCUUUUAGUUUUAGGUUCUUCGAGGACUUUCAUACUUCAGCACGGACCUCAGGCUUGGGCAAUUUAUCCGUCUAAUUUUUAUAUAACUGCAUACAGGAGAAAUCAUCAAAAGCUAAAAGGUUUGAUGGCUCGCCAAGUAUCUAGUAUUACUUUAAUAGGGGUUGAUGAAAAUGACAAUACUUUUAAUGGCACUCUUGAGGGAAAAAGUACCCAUCUUUACGAAAUAACUUGUUUGCAUCUGGGAGAGUGGGUAAUGACUUUUGAAAUAGGAAAUCAUCCUUUUCCACAAAACAAAUUUCCCCUAAAUGCAAGCGUGCAAAUCAGUGUUUCCUGUUCUGAGCCAGUUUUGAUUCGUUUAAAACCACUAAUAAGAGUACCACCCAAGAUUAUGGAUCAGUUAGAAUUACCUGAAUGUCCAUUGCUACAUUCUUCCAAUAAUAACAUCGUACCACAUUUAUUUAAUAGAGAUUUGGAAAUAUCAAUUGAUAUGGAAGAUGAAUAUGGUACAACAUUUUAUAAUUUUUCCUCCUUAGACAUCAUGUGGGAAAUAUACCCCGAAACAUUUGGCUACUUGCAAUUUGAUGAAGGAUUUAAAACAAUUAAGUUUAAACCCAAAGGAUUCCAUUCUGAACCCCAGAAUUCUGUUUCAUAUCAAUACGUGCAAAUAUUUCACCCCAAGAUUGAUAUCUUGACAAACGAUGAAACGGAGCGGAUAGUGGAAGUAAAGGCGAAAGUUAACGAAUACAGGCAAUAUUUGAAAGAGGCCAAGAUGGAUUUGGGAAGAUUGAUGCACACUAUAAAACCUUUGAGCUCUACCAUCAAGCUUAAACUUGUUCGAGAGCUGGAAACCUUCCCACCCUCUUUAACUAUUAUUAAUCAUCCAUCCAUUUUAGGUACAAUAAAUAUUACACAUGGAUCGGGUUACUAUUACAUAACGGAUAAGUCCCCUAUAAUGUCUACUAAGAUUGCGAUUGAGAAAAUUGUCGAUAUAGUUGAUUCUCAGCACACGAUGAUCGUAGGUGAUGAAGAGGAAAAUCAGAUAAAUAUGCUGCGAGUCAGGCCUUUGAAACAGGGCAAAACAACUUUAACUGUAUACGAUUUAUGUUUUGAGCCGAUGGAUUUUAAUCUUAAAAGUUAUCAAGGCACUUGUAUUAUUACAGUUACCGACAUAACCUCUGUACAUCUCGAUGUCCCCAAUAAGAUUGAAUUGGGGAAUGAAGUUUUAGCCAAAGUAUCAAUUAGUGAUUCAUAUGGUAACCCGUUCAAUGUUGAAUAUCUCUCAUUUCUUACGAUUAGGCCUAUCAUCGGAGAUUCUAAUUUAAUUUCUGUCAGCAAAUAUUUUCUAUCGUCUUCAAAUAAUAAACAAACGAAAUACGAUUCCUUUAGCUCCAUUUUUGUCGUUACUGGUCUACAAUUAGGUGUCACUAAUUUAGCCGUUGAGGUUAUAAUAUCACAGGCUAUUAUUAAAGGAUACGGCCAAGAUUUUAUAGAAAAAAAGGAUGAAAUAAUUAGUUCUACUAUAUUUGAGAUAACAGUAUUUCCUUCAUUGAAAAUAGAACCCUCUCAAAUAACUUUAAUUCCCGGAGCUGUCUUUCAAUUUAGACAUAUUGGUGGUUUGCUUUCUGAUUCGUCGAUAGAUUACGAAAUUUUAAAUUAUGAAAGUUUUAAUCAUGUUAUUGAUGACGAUUUAACUCCUGUGGCAAAUAUUACUAGAGAUGGACUCAUAACUGCUUUAUCUUUCGGUAAAUUGAUUGUGAAGGCCGCAAUGAGUGAAUAUAAUAUGAUGCCUGAUAAUACCAAUCAAAAAUAUGAAUGUGAGGCUCUAGCCCACGUAAGGAUAGUUUCCUUGACAGGUAUGCAUAUAAGUGCACCAAUAAACAAAAUAUAUGUUGGAAAUGAGAUGCCUUUAUAUAUAUACGGAGAUGAUGGACAGACCCCUAUUAUAUCUAUGUUCAGUUUUGGUAGUAAAAAUCCUCCUGUCAUAGUGGAUUGGGUGAUGGAAGAUAAUUCACUAGCUCAAUUAGCUUGGCAUCCUUCACCUUCUGAGACUCCAAACCUUAUGCUUGACAACAUAAAAUAUAAUGACUUUGCCAAAUUGUUUAAAGCCCUCAAACCUGGUAAAUGUAAAGUUUCGGUCUAUGUAAGAUAUACCGCAUCUUUUAAUGAUGGAGAAGAAAAAGACGAUUCUCUUUUUCAUUUAAUAAGUUUAAUUUCUCGCGUCAAAAAUAGAGAUAAAUCUUUGAAAGAAAUACCUUUGGAUUUUGUAGAUAGUAUUCUAAUCGAGAUCAUUGAGCCAUUUCAUCUACAUACAACGCAUAUGUCUAGAUUACACAUUUUUAAGGAUGGAAAUGAUUGCUUGAAUUGUCCUAAGACUGCAGAUAUUAAAACGGCUCCUAUAUUGCUCAUGUCUCCGAAUUCGGAAGCUAAAAUAUUUUCUCCUCACAUGAGUGAACUUAGUAAGUCAAGAAUAAAAUAUUCUAUCAAAGAUUUGCAAAAACAAACUUACCUAAGCCAAAGCCAAUCUUCUUCUCCUGUCAUAUUUGAUCCAAGUUCAGGGCUUGUUAAAAUUAACCUUAAUGAGAAGCAUGACGCCGAUAGUAUGAGUUAUCCUGCGAAUAUUCUUAUUACAGCUCAUAUUUUUGACGCGGAUACACAAACCAAUCACACCGCUCACCUCAUCAUUCGAGUAAAACCUAUUUCCUACAUAUCGACAAUCUGUUCUGAAGAAAUAAAUGUCCAAAAAGGCGUUAAUUUGCCUCAUUUUCCAGUUGGAAGUCUCAUCAAUUUGAUAAUCAGAGUGCAUGAUGAUACCGGAACCGUGUUCGAUGCUUUCGAUUUUAGUCAUAAAUCUCGUUUAAAUAGAUAUGAUUUAUUGUCAAUACACGAUACUUCACUACGAAAUCAGCCUGAAUUGCAUUUACUAUACCCAGGACAAACAAUUAUUAGAAUAGAGAUCAAGGUCCCUGGCUAUUUAUAUGCAAAAAAUAGUCGACUCGUUGAUUAUGUCAUUAUAAAUAGCGGUUACGUUAUAGAUUCCCAUAUGCCGCCAAAUACUCUCUCGAGUGUUUCUUUUGGGGCAAUCGUUUGUUUCACCUCUUAUUUAGCUAAAAGUCCUGACUGUUUGUGGUAUACGGAACAAAAUAAACUAUUUAUGAAUUCAAAAUCUGGGUUAGGAUUGAUUAAAGAUAUUGGGGAAGAAAAGAUAUUUUAUCGCUAUAAUAACUGUUCAACCUAUAUUAAUCUUUUAAUCAAACCUAUACAAAGCUUAAAAUUCCUACCCGGAUUCGCGGAUAUAGUUGUAAGUCGUAGUGAUGAUAAUCUUGAAGAUAAGGUAUAUAAAAUAACAAAGAACUAUGAGGCAAAAGAUUCUCUUUAUGUUUCCAAUGCUGUUCUGAAUACCAAUCAUAGAUUUCCUUUUAAAUUUGACCCUAAAUCAGGGUUCAACAGAACUCAUUAUUUAGAUUAUAUCACUAAAGUAGCAAUUGAACAUAAUAGUGACGUACCAUUUAGGAUAAGUUAUUUAUUCGCCUAUAAUAAAUAG